AUGUAUUUUUCUUUUGAAACAAUUCCAGCCUUUGUGUGGGUAUUCAUAGCUACAUAUGCUAUUUAUUGGAUUAAGAAACCAAGAUUAAGUAAAAAUGAACCUCCAAUGGUUCCUUAUAAAAUUCCAAUAAUUGGCCAUACGUUAGAUUAUUUGUUUAAUGCUGAUAAAUUUUUGGCCGAAUGUAGACAACAAUACGGUGAUCCUUUCAAUAUAUAUGUAUUUGGUCAGGUGUAUACUAUAGCCGGAAACGAAAUUGCUCAUGAAGUUUAUAAGCAAUCCGAUAGUUUUAGUUUGGCCGAAGCUACGCGAGAAGCAUUUCCUUUGUAUCAUGUUUUAAAAAGUCUUGAUAAUACUGAAACGUUGGAACAAGUAAUCAAAACAGUACGCGAAGGAAUUACUACAAAAUUACCUUUAUAUACUGGAAGAAUGCAAAAACAACUUAUGAUUUCUAUUAAUAAGGAAGUCGGAGAUUGUCCUAACCCUAAAUUAAUUAACACGGCGAAAUAUAAUUUUUCAAGCAUGACCGCUCGUCCAGUAGCUGAUGUGUUGGAAAUAUCAAAAAACGAAGACGUGGUCAAAGCUUUUGCUGAAUUUGGGUUCAAUCCAAUUGGGAAACAUAUGACUACUUUAAAGAAACAUUUGAAACCUGUAUUAGAGAAAAGAUUGAAAGAUAAAGAAAUUCUUGGUGAUAAAUAUGAACCACCUUUGGAUAUAAUUGAAUAUCUUUUGAAUGAUCCUGAAUACGGAACAAAAAUUAUUACUGAUGAUUACUUGAAUAAAAUCUGUGAUUUUAUAUUUAUUAUUGUUGUUGCCUCUGUUCACACUACUUCUCAUCAUAUUACUUGUGCUCUUUAUGAUUUUGCAGGAAGACCAGAAUUAUGGGAUGAUCUUUAUGAAGAACAAGUAAGAAUUGAUAAAGAAUGUAAUGGAGAAUUAUCACCUCAACAUAUUAAUAAAAUGGUGAAAUUAGAUAGUUUUCUGAGAGAAUCAUUGAGGACUUUUGAUUUUGUGGCUGCCAUUCCUCAGAAAUGUAUGGAAUCAUAUACAUUUAAAAAUGGCAUGACAAUUCCAAAAGGUCGUACUGUUCAAACUUAUUUAAUGGAUAUUCAUUACAAUACCACAGCAUAUGGACCAGAACCAAGGUCAUUCCUUCCUUAUCAUGGUUUGGAAAAUAAUAUUCCUGCAUCAAAAACCAAUAAAAAUUAUUUUGUAUUUGGUUCAGGGAAACAUGCUUGCCCUGGAAG